UGAGUUUUAGCGAAUAGUAAAGGAAGAUUCAAAGCCAAACAAUGAGCAGCAGCAAAGCAAACAAGUGUAAAACGAUUCAAAUUAAAAUUAAAUUCAUACCAAUGUCUCUCAAAUAAAGUAAAUAUUUCAAUGAUUAGUAAACCAACCACAACAAGAAUCCAACCCUAUACACAAUUUACCUAGAUAGAUUAUAAGUUAAGAUUUAAAUUUAACAUGAUGAAAUGCGUAUACGAACUAUAUUUAAAAGAAGCAACAAAACUACAAACCACGGAAAGGAGCAAAAAUAUUUUAUUAAUGAAAUAUUUUUUGUAAGUAUGUAAUAAAAGAAAAAAAUAUAUUUAAAUUAACUCAAUCUAUGAAAAAGGAUGCAAGAAGACGAGGUAAACUAAUUAAACAAAAGUAAAUCAACAAAUUGUAAACUUAGCUAAACUCGCUUCUGGCGGUGGUCAUGAAAAAUUAACAAUGAAUUCUUCUCGAAUUAUUAUAAAAAGUAAGAAGAUCAAGCUAUAUGGGCAUUUUAGUUUAAAAUUAAACGAAAAUAUCAGAAUUGUGGAAGAAAAGCAAACUCCCCAAAUUGAAUACAAUAAUUAAAAGAAUGCGAAACAAAGAAAAUCAUACUCAGUAUACAAAAAAGUAAAAUUUGUGAUUUUUAUUUAUAUUAUUAAAACUUUAGAGAAAGGAAAAUGAAAUGUAUAAGCAGCGAAUGUUUUUAGACAAUUAUCAUUAUGUUUGGCAAGGCAUGUUCUUUUUUCGUUAUGAUUUAUUGCAGCUGAACAGGCAAGUAGUACCCAAAAUACAAUCCUGGAACCAAUGGGCAGAAUGAAUAAGUGGAAUGCGGCUCACUACGCAAUGAUUUCACCAAUGUGGUAGCUUCUCUCAACGAUAAAUCAAUACUUCGUAGACAUUGAGCUAAUGUUUUAAUGGUGGAAAAACAAGAUAAUUUUGCAUCGCUCAUUAAACUUCUUUGUCUAAAUUUUUAUAUAAAGGCGUUUAGAUUUUGUAGAAAAAACAUAAAAAUUCAACAACAAUUCAUUGAUUGAUUCUUUUCAUAAAUGUUCGCUCACUCGGUUACAAAAACGCUCUCAUGCUCUGCUUGUUGUUUCUAGUGUAGACUAAAAGUCCACCAGUAAAAGUAUGGACGACUGUCACCAGAAAACUGAUAAAAGCUGUUCGAAUUGAACAAUGGAAUGCAUUUUGAAGGUUCUAUUGGAACACCUUUUGGCAGGCGUCCAACCUUUUACAAGAGGGCUUUAGUGUUAGCUCCUUGCAUCGACAUAUGGGGUGAAAAUAUUACCGUUACAGCUGAAAACUGGGAAAACCCACUAGCAAAAAUCAAUUUUACUCUAGUUCUAUACGUUAUACAAAGUGUCGGAAGAAGUGCAAUGAUGCGCUAUAGUGCGCACAACUUCCGCCACUAUGUCUAACGUGUAGAACAAAGUAACAUCAAUUUUCGAUAUUGCGUUUUUUUCAGUUUUCAGCUGUAACAACAAUAUCAUGUUUAAACUUAAAUCACGAAGAGAAUCAAUUCUAUCUUAAACACCUCAGAACAUGAUGAAUGAAAGAACUGAAUUAGGAGGCGCAUUCCCAAACAUCCCCAAAAACAAGUAACCAAUACACGCAGAAAACAAAUAGUGCACAUCAGAAAAGUUAAUUUUUUUCGAAACAAAUAGGUUUUAGUUAGCGCUCGUCUGUUUUUAUUAUCAUUAUUAUUAUUAUUGAAGGAUUAUUGUCUAUUGAUUAUAAUAAUUUUUAUUUUAUCUAUACAACGCAAAAAACUAACUUAUCAAAAUUAAAAAAAAAACACGAAAACAGAAAAAAAUAGCUGAGGCCGAUUUUUGUCGAAUCCGGUCAUGGUGGUAACAUAUAAAUAUUGAACAUAUAUGAAUUAUUUUUUAACAAAAUAAAUGUUUUGUUGUUAAAAUAUAA